AUGAGAAUCGCGUCCCUCCUCUCGCUCUCUUUGUCCGUACUGGCCGCCUCGGCCGAGACGAUCCCCAAGACCGACUACGAUGUCAUCGUCGUCGGUGGUGGCCCCGCCGGCCUCAGCGCCCUGAGUGGUGUCUCGCGUGUGCGUCGCAGUGCAUUGUUGUUUGACGACAACCGCUACCGCAAUGGCCCAACACGGAACAUGCACGACGUGAUCGGCAACGAUGGUACUCCUCCCGCCGAGUUCCGUGGUCUGGCCCGCGAGCAAAUCUCCAAGUACCCGUCUGCUCAUUUCAGAAACGGCACCGUCAAGUCUAUUACCCCGACCGGCAACGACGAGGUCUCUACCUUCACAGUCACCGAUGGCGAGGGCAAGAACUAUACCGCUCGCAAGAUCGUGCUCGGAACCGGCUUGAAGGAUGUCCUGCCCGACGUCCCGGGUCUGCAGGAGGCUUUUGGCAAGGGUAUCUGGUGGUGCCCGUGGUGCGAUGGCUGGGAGCACCGCGACCAGCCUCUUGGUGUCCUGGGCGCUCUGUCUGAUGUGCUCGGCAGCGUUCUUGAGACCAACACCCUCUACUCUGACAUCGUUGCCUUUGUGAACGGUACCCAAACCCCCGAGGGCGAGGCCAAGGCCACCGCCUCGCACGAGGACUGGCAGGAGCAGCUCAAGGCCUGGAAUGUCAAGAUCGACAACCGGACAAUCACAUCCAUCGAGCGUAUUCAGGAUGGCGGCACCCACCAGAACAAGACGGCCGGUAUUCAGUACGACAAAUUCCUGGUCCACUUCACCGAGGGCGACCCCGUCGAGCGUGGUGCCUUCAUCACCAACUACCCCACUGCCCAGCGCACCGAUCUGCCCUACGACAUGGGUCUCAACAUGACCGACUCUAAGAUCAAGGUUGAUACGAGCGGCAUGCGCACCAGCGAGUUCGGCGUUUACGCUAUUGGUGACGCCAACAGCGACGGCAGCACCAACGUGCCCCACGCCAUGUUCUCCGGCAAGAAGGCCGCCGUGUAUCUGCACGUCCAGAUGUCGCGUGAGGACUCGGAGUCGAAGAUUUCCAAGCGUGCCAACCUCAAUCUUCGCGAACUGGAGAAGGAGGCCCGCCGCGCCAUUGGCGACAACCUCGAGCCUCAGUGGGAGAAGGUCAAGCGCGGCAACUAA